ACUGGUCCCAAAUUAUAAAUAGCUCCACCAGAGGCUAUUCUUAUGCUCCAAUUCGAGAACUGGACUUCUCCAAUUCGGAUCCAAACGAGAACAAUCAACAUAAACAAAGCUUUCUUCAGAGCUCUAUGAAUCUCAACGCGGCAAGGGAGAGAGAUAGAGUUGUCCCCACCGUUGAUCCCUUCGACUUAGCAAAAGUCAAUCAUCACUUGUUGAAGAAGAAGAAGAAGAACAAGAACAACCCUUUUUCUUCACAACGAUAUAACAAAACCCUCAGAAAUCCAAACCAUUGAUCCAUAUCUACACAACCACAAGACUAUUUUUUGUGAGCUCUCUCUCAAAAACCCUAAAAUACAUGUUCAUAUAUGUAUGUAUACAUAUACAUAUGAAGUAGCAUCAUCAUCAUCUUCAUUUUCAUCAUCAUCAUCAUUUCGAUAAACCAUGAUCAACGCAAACACUACAACUAUGAUGUCCUCUUCAUCAUCAUCGGCGGCGAACAACGCGCAAUCACCGGGUCUGAAGACCUAUUUCAAAACCCCAGAAGGCCGUUACAAGUUACAGUACGAGAAGACACACCCUGCUGGUCUCCUUCACUACACUCAUGGCAAGACCGUCACUCAGGUGACUCUAGCUCCUCUCAAAGAUAAGCCAGCUCAGGCCGCACCAUCAACGUCAUCAAGUAUGGGCGUUAGCAGUGGUGUGAGAUCAGCAGCAGCGAGGUUCUUAGGUGGUGGGAAUGGGAGUCGGGCACUUAGUUUUGUUGGAGGCAAUGGCGGGACUAAGUCUGUAACUGGGACUAGUAGAGUUGGAUCACUGGGGGCUUCAAGUUCUUAUAGUUUGAUGGGUACUUCAAAUUUUGAUGGCAAAGGAACUUACUUGGUGUUCAAUGUUGGUGAUGCAAUUUUCAUUAGCGAUUUGAAUUCUCAAGAUAAGGAUCCUAUAAAGUCUAUAAAUUUUAGUAAUUCGAAUCCUGUUUGCCAUGCAUUUGACCCGGAUGCUAAGGAUGGGCAUGAUUUGCUUAUUGGAUUGAUAUCUGGAGAUGUUUAUUCAGUGUCACUAAGACAGCAAUUACAAGAUGUUGGGAAGAAGCUUGUUGGAGCCCAGCAUUAUAACAAAGAUGGUUGUGUUAAUAACAGUCGUUGUACAAGUAUUGCUUGGGUGCCUAAUGGAGAUGGCACUUUCGUUGUGGCUCAUGCAGAUGGAAAUUUGUUCGUGUAUGAAAAGAACAAAGAUGGUUCUGGUGAUCCUUUAUUCCCCAUUAUCAAGGAUCAAACUCAAUUUUCUGUUUCACAUGCACGUUACAGUAAGAACCCAGUUGCUAGAUGGCAUAUUUGCCAAGGUUCAAUUAACAGCAUUGCCUUUUCAACUGAUGGGACGUAUAUUGCGACUGUUGGAAGAGAUGGUUAUCUUCGUGUAUUUGACUACAAAAAUGAACAACUGAUAUGUGGUGGCAAAAGCUAUUAUGGUGCUGUAUUAUGUUGUGCUUGGAGCAUGGAUGGAAAAUACGUUUUGACUGGAGGUGAAGAUGAUCUAGUUCAAGUUUGGAGCAUGGAAGAUCGUAAGGUUGUAGCAUGGGGUGAGGGACACAACUCAUGGGUCAGUGGAGUUGCUUUCGAUUCAUAUUGGUCGUCGCCAAAUUCGAAUGGCUUAGAAGAAAAUGUUAUGUACCGAUUUGGUUCUGUUGGCCAGGACACGCAAUUGCUUUUGUGGGACAUAGAGAUGGAUGAAAUUGUUGUGCCACUACGCCGAGCUCCUGGUGGGUCCCCCACUUACAGCACUGGAAAUCAGUCCGCUCACUGGGACAGCGCUUGCCCAGUGGGUACUCUGCAAACCGCGCCAAGCACACGAGAUGUUCCAAAACUCUCCCCACUGGUUGCACACCGUGUUCACUCCGAACCCCUCUCUGGUUUGGUAUUUACUCAGGAAUCUGUACUUACUGUCUGCCGAGAGGGACACAUCAAGAUUUGGAUGAGACCUGGAUUUUCUGAAAACCAAUCGAACAGCUCUGAUUCUGCGUUGAGCACGAGUUUGAAGGAGAAGUCAUUGCUGUCGGGAAAAGUUGGUAGUUCUAGUUACAAACCGUGAUGAAACAGUGAUUAGAAGUGAGACAUAAGCGAUCUUUCAAGAAGUCCCGUUUCUACAUGAUGUUUUGGUUGUUCCUUCCUUUUCAUCUGGUUGUUUUGCUCGGAAAUGGCAAAGCCUGCAUAGCAUGCGUGCAUGGAGACUAAAAAUGGCUUCCAUUGUAUAUCGAGGGAUGAAAAUGCAGUUGAUAUCAUCGUAUGAGAUUGAGAAGACACUGCCCAACCUACCUUGUAAGCUUGGAAUGGCUGAGCAGAAUAAUGGACGUUGCUUCUUUCAAAUAUAUAAUCUGCAGGUUUUUUCUUUUUUUUUUGGUGGGGGGUGGGUGCGGGGGGUGCGCUUUGACCCCGAUUUUUCUUUUGAAAUUGCACAGUUUCUUUUCUUGUCUUUUCGUCGGAAAUUUAUUUUUCUCUACUUUCUUGAGGGAUUGGAAUUGGAUAGUUGUACACUUUCAGUUUAUAUCCAAUUGCUCAAAUUCUGGUGGUCAACAGUGAA